GUUCAUUCACAUCACCUUCGACUGAACUGCCAUGCAUUGGACUGUCUGAUUCGGACAUAUUUCUGUAUUUAAUGACUGCAUACGGAAGUACAGUAUCACUUUAUACUUAGUAGCAUAGUGGCGUGUGGUUAGUUACUAGGUGUCUGUAGACGGAUCAAGCGUUCACCAUGGCGGGACUUCGAUUUGUGUUGUGCUACCUUCUGCUCAUUAGUGCAGACAUUAUAGUCUUUACUUAUGCAGUGGGCACGGAGAGUAGCAGAGGUAGUGGUAAACUGGGAGAUGAUCAGGAUGAAGAAACCGAGACUGCCCCGAAGCCGAAACCUGACUCUAGCAGCACCGAAGAUAUGUGGGAACCCUGGGAAAUCGCCGUUCUUAUCAUAGGUGUUCUGGUUGUAUGUGUGCUAAUCGCCUGUAUCGUGUAUCAGCUGAUAGCAAUAAGAAAGAAUAGAGGCCCGAUGGUCCUGGCGAUCAACUCAAAGCAGAAAGACGCUGAAAAGUCCGCCGCGGAGAGCAAGAAUGGGUACAUACAGGCACCGAUUGCUGAACAUGAUCCAAACGGAUUCUUGGUAAACAACGAGGAAACUAAGAAAUCAACCACCCCUAGUCCAACGGAUGAAGACAAAGGUGUGACACAAUCUCCGAUUGUAAAUGAAGAUGAAAAAUCUGCAGAAGCCCUCUCGUCGCCGGAAAUAACUACAGACUUAACUGCGGACACGACGCGGUUGAUCGAAGAUAAGAAGGAGGCGGAGGGAAUUAACGACAAACAAACUCCGCCGACUUAUUUUGAAGUCUCCAAUGAAGAGGAGGGGGAAAAGCCAGAAAUCUGA